AUGGCUCCCCCUGUACGCUUCGAGUGCUUCCUGUGCGAUAGAACCUUCUUGCGUCAAAAGAGACUGGAUGACCACCUUCGAGAGCAGCAUGGCCGGACACCUGUCUGGGACAAGCCGCUCUCUCGGCCGUCGCCUGCUCCUUCUCUUCGUUCUUCUCGUUCCAACCGCCAUUUACAGCAAGACACUGGCGCUCAAGGUCGAAUUCGUGGCGGAGUUGUUGAUCAUGACCCUAUGGAAGGCCUACCGGUGCGUCGAUGGGAGAAGAUGGAAGUUACCAUCAAGCAGGGUGUGAAGAACGACGACAAGAAUGAUGAUGGCAAGGACGGCACCAAUCCAGACUGGCCAUGGCCUGAUCUACCUUUGCCCAAGGACUUUCCUUUAUUGCCUCCCCAUAGCCAAGAGCUCCUCCGACGUGCGCGUGCACCCAACAAAAACCCGAACAUUGCAGUCUUCAACCGGGAGACGGGCGAAUAUGAACGUCCUAAUCUCAAUCCUAGUAAUCCAGCUGCGAUGACACCUGUCACCACCACCCAGCCCGCAUCCGGAGCAGCUAAAGAUGGCGAUCAUGACAUAGCUGAACCCGAAGACACACUUGACGCCGACAAGCCCCUCCACGACGAAUCCAACGAACGAUCAUUCACCAUCAGAAAAUGGGUUCCUCUCCCCCAACACAUCGCCGACAAGAAACCCGAGCCCAAAUAUCUUGCUGAUCGCCGACCUGGCCUUCCACCUCUCUAUGGCCAUCAAUCGAGCACUAACCCAUCCAGUUCUGCUUUCACAGGCUACGCCCCAAACAUCUCAUCUACCCUCCAGAACCCGAGCAACAAUAACCACAACACCAAUACAGGUGGUGGUGAUGUCGUCGUCGGCGCCGUGACCGUCCCUACAAACUACACGCCAACCACAUCCGGCUACCGCGUUUCAGCUGAUGGCACAACAAUGCCAAUGGGUCCUGGAAUCGCUUCAACGCAAGCACAAGGAGAAGCUCCGAGGAGAAGACCACCACCCCCGCCACCGAAAAGGAGGAAGAAGGGUGGACCUGGCAGGAGCAAGAAGAGGGUUGACAUGAAGAACUCUGUUAUUGGAGGGGCUGCCGCCGGUGCCGGGUUGGCUGGAGAUACUACUGCCAGUGCUGCAGGCGUUGCUGGAGGAGGAGUCGAAGCAGCUGUCGCUGUACAAACAGGCACUACGAAUACGGGAGAGCCUCGCCCGGAAGGCCAGCAACAAGGUGCUGCUGCUGACAGCAAAGCCAGGGACAUGGAUACCGAGAUGGGUGAACCGGAAGAGGAAGGUGGGAGCAGCGGCGGUGGCAGCAGCAGCAGCAGCAACAGCAGCGAGGACGAAGGAGGAAGCGAGGAAGGCGAGAUUGAUGAGGGCGGCGUUGGCAAUGCUGCAGGUGGAGCUACGGAGGCGGCACCAGAGGUGUCCGUUCAGCCUCCCAGUCCGGAUCUGUUGGGGAAUCUGGAGAGUGAGAUCCGCGGGAUGGAGGAGGGGGGACCUGCUGUUUAG